GAAAAAACAAAUGCAGAUUCGUCCUAGUGAGCCGAAGACCGGGAACGUGGAGGAGAGCUGUCCGCCAGGCCGGCAGAGGGCGCCGAGGCGGUGUAGGCGGGGCUGAUGAGGCUGCAGGGAGUCGGGGCUCUAAUUGGGCCAAGUGCCUCGGCAGUCUAUCCAAUCAGUAACCUCCGCGUUGUUGGUGCGCGCGGCCUCCCGCUGAAAUUUGAAAUGGCUGGCGUGUUGCCGGCGGGUGGCGGUCGGCAGUCAGAAGCCAUGGCGUCGCGGCGAGGCGGCUGGGUGGCCCAGGAGGAGCCGGCGCCCUUGGAGAAAGGUUUGUUCCAAGAUGAAGACUCAUGCAGUGACUGUAGCUACCGUGCAGUAAUUAGUUCACAAAGUUUUGUACUAGAAGGAAAAAUUCCUUUCCCAGAAAUUUUCCAAACAAGUCAACUUUUGUUCUAUGAGCGAUUCAGUGCCUAUCAAGAUUACAUUUUAGCUGACUGCAAGGCCUCUGAGGUAAAGGAAUUCACAGCUGAGUUUUUGGAGAAGGUCCUUGAACCAUCUGGAUGGCGGGCAGUCUGGCACACUAGUGUGUUCAAAGUGCUGGUUGAGAUCACAGAUGUGGACUUUUCAGCCUUGAAGGCAGUGGUGAGACUUGCUGAACCACACCUCUGUGAGUCUCAAGUGAGCACCUUUACCUUGGAGUGUGUGAAAGAGCUCCUCAAUCUGAAGGAGCAUCAGCUGCCCCUGCAGGAGCUGUGGGUGGUAUAUGAUGAUUCUGGAGUAUUUGACCAGACAGCACUUGCAAUCGAGCAUGUCAGAUUUUUCUACCAAAACAUUUGGAGGAGUUGGGAUGAAGAGGAGGAGGAUGAGUACGAUUAUUUUGUCAGAUGUGUUGAGCCUCGUUUGAGAUUGCAUUAUGACAUUCUUGAAGACCGUGUUCCCUCAGGACUUGUUGUUGACUACCGCAAUCUAUUGUCUCAGUGUGAGGAGAGUUACAGGAAAUUUUUAAAUCUGAGAAGCAGUUUAUCAAAUUGUAACUCUGACUCCGAGCAGGAGAAUAUCUCCAUGGUGGAAGGGUUAAAACUGUAUUCUGAGAUGGAACAGCUGAAACAAAAGCUAAAGCUCAUCGAGAAUCCUUUGUUGAGGUACGUAUUUGGUUAUCAGAAGAAUUCUAAUAUACAAGCAAAAGGCGUUCGUCCAGGUGGUCAGAAGGUCACCCAUGUGGUCUCUUCUGCCAUGAGGACCGGCCUGCUGAGGGCCCUGCUCAGCGACAGGCUCUGCCAGGAGCCUUAUGAGGAAACAGAAAUUCAGUUCCAUAGGGAUCCGUUGUCUGCUAUAAAUGCCUGCUAUGAAGGUGACACUGUUAUUGUUUGUCCUGGCCAGUACAUGGUACAUGGCACGUUCUCCAUUGCUGACUCCAUUGAGUUGGAAGGAUAUGGUCUACCGGAUGAUAUUGUGAUAGAAAAGAGGGGCAAAGGUGACACUUUUGUGGAUUGCACAGGUGCAGAUAUUAAAAUCUCAUGCAUAAAAUUUGUUCAGCAUGACGCUGUAGAAGGAAUCUUAAUCAUUCAUAGUGGUAAGACUACGUUGGAGAACUGUGUUCUGCAGUGUGAAACCACAGGAGUCACAGUGAGAACGUCUGCAGAAUUUUUAAUGAAGAACUCGGAUUUAUAUGGUGCCAAGGGUGCUGGUAUAGAAAUAUAUCCUGGGAGUAAGUGUAUCCUGACCGACAAUGAGAUCCAUCACUGCAAGGAAGGUAUCCUCAUUAAGGACUUUUUAGAUGAACAUUAUGACAUUCCCAAAAUAUCCAUGGUGAAUAAUAUCAUACAUAAUAAUGAAGGUUAUGGUGUUGUCUUGGUGAAACCUACAAUUUUCUCUGACCUGCAAGAAAAUGCCCAAGAUGAAACUGAAGGAAAUAGAGCACUUAGACUUCAGACGAGUGGAGAGGCGGAUGUAGCUGGAAGAGUGGGUCUGGAAGAGCUAGUUCAAUGUGCAGCUGGUCAAAUGGAGCUUCAUGAGAGAUCCGACCUUUCUGAGACAGUCGGGGGAAAUUGUGAAAUUAUAAAUGAACUAGUUGCUGCCUCUACGCAAAAAGGCCACAUGAAGAAGAAAAGGCUGAGUGAGCUGGGGAUCACACAGGCUGAUGAGAACCUCAUGUCACAGGAGAUGUUUGUCAGAAUUGUGGAGAAUCAGUUCAGAUGGAAUGGGAAAGGAAGUUUUGGGACAUUUCUUUUCUAAUCACAAUGAUGUCAAUAGACAGCAAAAUACUGGAGUUUGCACAUGCUGCCCUGGGAAUCACUGCUGCCAUUGUAGUCUGCUUCAUGUACUGAUUGGGCUUGAGUAAAUGUAGACUUAUUGCUAUUUGCAGGUGUUGCAUACAAAGCACUUCUUUAUCAGAAAGAUCAUAAAAAUACAUAAGCUGGAAAAUAUUUGGAGAUUUCUUGUCUGAAAGCCUUGCUUUCUUAAACACAGUUCUCUCAUAUUACACCUGUUAGUAACUUUCUAGUGUAAUUACACUUCACUUCAGAGAGGAGGAAGCAAGGCAGAGAAUGCAGGGCAGUGGGUACAAAUGCAGCAGGCCUUAUAGGUGCAGUGUUCCUUUUAGAGUUGUCUGUUUGUCCUGAUUACAGCAGGUCUGGUUUCUGUGCUUGUUUGCACAAUACUUACCUUAAGUUUUUGUGAUAGAGAAGUUAUCUGCCUCAUCAGACUUAUUAUUGAGGAUCCGAGAGGGAUGCAUUUGUAUGGUGAACUGUGCAAUCAUCUAAAUAGCAAUAAAUGGCAUAGUGGCUUUGAAACAGACAUGAAGGGAGUUGUUCAGAGCUGAUGUGUGUGGAGAGCAUUUUCACUAUUGCUGAAUGUGAAUGAUCAGAAAAAGGAUAUUUUUCUAUCACUGUAACAACAAUAUUCUGAUAUUUCUUACACAAUUAAAAUGAUCACCUAUAUAACCCAUAUCAGCUAUGUUUUCUUGGUAUUAUAUUGUAAAACAUAGCUUUAAAAAAUGUUUAUAACAGAGUAUAUGUGACAUUAAUAUGCCUAAUAAUUAAA